AUGGGCGCGAAGAUGAGUGCCAAAGAGAAACUGGGGGAGAGCGGGAGAUGCUGCUUCCGUGGACAGCGCGGUUUGGCCAGACCUGAAUGUGCUGGACUCUCCCCUCCGGAUGCACUCGUUCAGGCCCCAUCAGCGUCCAGGCACAAAGGGCCUCUUCACGCCUUCUCUAUCCAGUCCAUUGUGGAGGCUCUGACUUCGAUGCGAUGGUCGGCUAAAUGCCUCUCCUGUCACUGCGGCUCCUGUGCCAGUUCAGCUGCUGAUGUUCAGAGCUGCGAGCCAUCUUCAGAACUGUCACCUGCUUUUCUGGCGUGA